CGCGCGCGCGCGCGCUCGUACGUUUGCAGUCCAUUCAAAUUCUCCCUCGGCGGCAGUUUGGUCCGGUUGUAGGGGGUCGAUAGCUCACCGUAUCAACGCACCAUCGUCACCGGCCGAAACCGGUCACCAGUUCACGAUCAACAAGAUCAGGUUUUUUUCGGAUGUGUUAAAUGCAUUGCAUUGCAAAAGGCGUGGUUCAAAUUCGCUGUACAUUGCUUUGCGUAUCCUUUGCGUACGGCUGGUAAAAACGCUGCCAAACAACAGGCAGAUAUAUUGUGCGGACAGUGCAAAACAGUUAUGUGCACCAGUGAUUAAACUAAAUGCGAUACGAUAACGAUGCCACAAAGUCGCGAGAUGGCAGUUAGGGGUGGUUUCUGGAUGAUAAUGCUGUUGGCAAUGGGAGUUCUGCCGUUUCCCCAUGCAGCGGCGGAAGUGGACAGUGCUCGACCGAAUAUAAUUUUUAUUUUAGCUGACGAUCUCGGCUGGAAUGAUGUCGGAUUUCAUGGAUCGGCACAAAUCCCAACGCCCAACCUGGACGCACUGGCUUACUCGGGCAUCAUCCUCAAUCGGUACUACGUGAAUCCAAUUUGUACACCCUCCCGUUCGGCACUGAUGACGGGCAAGUAUCCCAUACACACCGGAAUGCAGCAUACCGUGCUGUACGCGAUGGAACCACGUGGUCUUCCCCUGUCCGAGAAGCUGUUGCCCCAGUACCUGAAGGAUCUUGGAUACUCGAACCACAUCGUUGGCAAGUGGCAUCUGGGGCACUAUCAGCUGCGAUUCACCCCAAUGCAGCGGGGCUUCGACAGUCAUACCGGGUUCUGGACCGGACACCAUCACAUGAACGAUCACACGGCGGUAGAACACGGCCACUGGGGUCUGGACAUGCGCCGGGGGUACGAUGUCGCCUACGACCUGCACGGCCAGUACACGACGCACGUGCUCGUUGCCGAAGCAAUCGCCGUAGUGCAAGGACACAACAAGAGCUCCCCCCUAUUUCUGUACGUGGCCCAUGCCGCCGUCCAUUCGGCCAAUCCGUACGACUUUCUGCCCGCUCCGGACGAAACGGUGGCAAAUCUGGGACACAUUGAAAACUACCGCCGGCGUAAGUUUGCCGCCAUGAUGGUCGAGCUGGACCGUACGGUUGGGAGUCUCGUAGACGCGCUGCAUGCACGUGACAUGCUCGAGAAUACGAUCAUCGUGUUUAGCAGCGACAAUGGCGGCCCAGCGGAUGGGUUCAACGAUAAUGCCGCCUCUAAUUGGCCACUGCGCGGGGUGAAGAAUACGCUCUGGGAGGGUGGCCUGCGAGCGGCCGGGUUCAUUUGGAGCCCACUGCUUCAAAAUGUGAGCCGUGUGUCGCACCAAAUGGUGCAAGUUUGCGAUUGGCUGCCGACGCUAUACGAAGCUGCAGGUGGUAAUGUCAGCGCACUGCCGACCGACCUGGACGGGAUCAGCGUGUGGCAUGAGCUGAGCAGUGGGGCUCCAACGCGACGUAUCGAGAUACUGCACAACAUUGACGACAUUUGGGGCACCGCGGCCCUGACCGUGGGAAACUGGAAGCUCGUCAAAGGCUCACACUACAACCGCACCUGGGACGGAUGGUACGGUCCGGCGGGGAUACGGGACGAAAAGGCGUAUGCGCUGGAUACGCUCGCCAACAGUCCGGCAGGGAAGGUGAUGGAGGAGCUGAGUCUACUGCCCACUCCGGAACGCAUCACGCAACUUCGCCGCGAGGCGACGGUAUCGUGUGGCGCCGGUGCGCACAUGGCCAGCGAGUGUGAUCCGCUCGAGCGCCCCUGCCUGUACGAUGUGGAAAGCGAUCCCUGCGAGUACAAUAACCUUGCCGAGGAGCAUCUGCACAUACUGCAGAGUUUGCUGGCCAGGCUUGCCGACUACAACAGCACUGCCGUUCCGCCGUCCAAUCUCGAGGAUGACCCGCGGGGCGAACCGCAGCGCUGGAACUUCACGUGGCACAAUUUCGGCGACGAGCCAGAACCGGAAGUGCUGCUGAAUGAACACGUAGACUAAGAGAGGGUAAGCGAAAGCGACAAGAAAACCAAAACUAAAGUAUAGCGACCUCAUGAUUAAUACUGCAGAACUUCAUUUUAUUAUUCAUUCAAACACAGAGGAAACAUUAUCUAAGUAAAUCGCUAAAUAAAUUAACUGUUCAACCGUUUAGUUUAAAUUAAAAGCAUAAACUUAUCGUCAACCUUACAGGCCUCGCUCAGCAUAACUACAAAAAUCCCUAGAGAAAAACAGUGUAGCGGGCAAAUUUCACACACUGUAAAACUUUGCAAACGACACAGACACAAACUGCUGAUUGCAGCGGUAGACGAAGCGAUAGUUUGAUUUGUUAUAGGUUUAUGGGUUUGCUUUGCAUUUAUUAGUUCUAUUUGUAGCACAAUAUUGUCUAACAAUGAACCGGCCGACACAUCGCGAUCGGAUGGCGGAGGAAAACUUGACGGUUUACGCUUUAAGUCCUAUUGUAUACUUUCCCACUUGUACUCUCUCUCUCUCUCUCUCUCUGGUUAGCUGGAACGAGCCAACAUUGGUGGCUGUAGUUAAUGGACAGUUUUAGGUUUUGAAUUUUGCCCCUUGUGGUGCUUGCUGUUUCUCGUUUCUCGUUUACAGUGCUCUAGAUGCCGCAUAUCGUGAUCGUAAUAUAUGACAUAAAAAAUAAACAGGAAGCAAACUUUA